UUUGAAAAGAAAAGGUUAAAAUCAAAAAUGAAAUUACGGGGAGUUUUAUCACCUGUCAAGAAUUCUGCUGUCAGUUUAGACCUCCUUAACCUGUAUAUGGUAAAUCAGAUAUCUUGCCAGAAGAAAAGACCUGAAACUGUGAGAAAACAGAUCCAUGUGAAUAUGAAUAGAGACAUAAAAAUGCCCCUGAGAAAACAUGAUUUAGAACUUCCAAUGUCGCCUCAUCUUGUCCCGUCUAACCUCUGCAUUGAUGAUAUGGAAAACAAUUUACACUACCAAAGACAAGGCAGCAAGGAAGAACUUGGCCCAGUUAAGUCCUCGCAAGUCAUGGACUCAUAUACAAUGUUCGAACCUCAAUUGAGCAGAAUAGAAAACUGCAGCUUCACACCACCAUCUUUGUCAGCAGAAUUAGCUUCUAACAGAGAUAUUACAAGACAAAAUUUUAUUCCCAGAAUAGUGCCUAGUCCUCAGAAAGUUGCAUAUGAAAAAAAGCAGAAUGAACAGCUCAGUAAUGUUAAUUAUUCUAAUUCCGUGAUUUCCGAAUUAAACAAAAAUCAAGAUGCUUUCAGUCCAUCAUAUAAAACAGCACAAUUUGGAACAUUAUUUGAAAGAUUAAACAGUCCAGGAAAUCGGAAUUUCCUUACUGAAAGACCUGAUAUAGUUACAGGUGAAGAUUGUGGAACCAUGGAUGAGAGAAGACAGUCAGACUUCAUUAUUGAAAAACAGUCAGUACAACAUAUUUUGGAAGAAAAUAGGAAAGAGGUUUCAAAUUUUCUUGAAGAUGUGAACCAGCCAACACCCAGCCUUCUGUCAGAGAAUUGUGACUCUUUUAUUAGUGAAAAUGUGAUCAAUUUAUUAAACAUAGAUCAGUGGAGUAUAAAGAAAACCUUUGACAAGUGUGGUUUUGACAGUGUGGGAGAUAUUUGUGCAGUCACUAGUUCUGAUAAA